CGGAGUGCCGGAGGCCCGGAGUGGUAGACUAAACUGCCCUCUAACGCGUGUAUUAGCUCUAUGUUCCUUGAUGCCACGGAGUUCAUUUUGACGCCACCUGUGUCUCGCCCGUAACACCACUUGUAAUGAUUCAUUUAAGGUCAGGUCACUGAAGCAUAUACCACUGAAUGGACAGAUAUGAAAACACAGUUCAGAACCCACUAAACUCCUCCUUUGAACAAUAAGGACGAAGGCCUUCGUUGUGUAUAUUUGGAUAAGUGAUUCCCAUUUCUUUCGGUACUAGACUUCUAAACCAUCUUUCAGAAACUGCAAUUUCAGUUGGGAAAGUCGAUUUAUUGAUGGUGUUGUUGUUGUUACCUCCAAAAUCAGACUCCCAACUUAUGGAUAGAAGGAGAAGCCUUCGUAAAAAAGUAGCAGUUGAAGGUGCUAAUGACAUUGACAGCAGCUAUAUUCACCCUCCGGAGUUUAGGAAUAAGCAUAUGCAGAUACAUAAUUACUAAAGCUUACUGCUAUUAGCGGAAAUACGGAAACGGCUGUCUGUUGAUGAGCAAGCCAUAUUUAAGGGCACAGCAAUUGGCCAUCUACUUUCCGUGCCAGAAGAUUCCAAGUUCAGCGGCACAAUUGUUCGUUUCUUACUCUCAAGGGAGAUUCAAAUGGAUGAUAAAGAUGAAAUGCACUUUAAGGUUGGUGAAAAACUACUGCAUUUUGGUAAGAGAGAAUUUGCUUUGAUUACAGGGCUUAGUUUCAAGAAACCCGAGAAAGCUUUUGUGUAUUCCACAAAUCUGCCAACCCUGAUGAGGACCCAUUUCCCCAACCAAAAUCAUGUAAGUGCAUCAGAAGUGAAGGUUCUCCUCUUCAAAAAUAAUUCUACUUGCCCUUCUCUAGACAGGGUUAAAUUUGCAUUACUUUUGGUUGUGCACAACUUCCUAAUGAGCCGUCAAGAUAGAGAUCCCAUAAACAUCAAUUAUUGGCAUUUAGUUGGACUUGGAGGAAUUUAACAAAUACCCUUGGGGAGAAGUAACAUUUGAUAGUAUUACAAAAUGGAGAUUAAGAUCACAACAACUAUAUCAUGCCAACAAAGAGAACAGUGGUGCUGGUGGAAAACAUGCUUACAAGGUGGUCGGAAUUGGACAUGCCUUGCUGGUUUGGGCUCUUGAUAUCAUGCCUGGGCUGCUUAAUCUGUGCGGACGAAAGAUAGAAAGUAAUGUCUAGCAACCCCAUAUCCUUUGUGUAUUAUGCACGAAAUCUCCUGAAUACCCCCAUAUUAUUCGAGAAUUGGUGGUGAAUGAUGUAUGGCCUAAAAUAUUUUAAUUUUUUUUCACUCUUUUAUGUAUAUUCGGUACACCUGGAGACAGUGGUCGUUUGUUUCCUGUUAAUUCUUGCAGGUUCAGGUCCGGUCUGAUAUAAUGUGGCAAAAGGGUGAUCAAAAUCAGUUAAUAGUGCUUGGCUUAGAGGAAGGUACCUCCGAGUCAGGUUGUUUUAUCCAUGAGAAAGAAAGGAACGAAUACCUUGGGGGGGAAUUGUCUCGUAGGGACUCUUUCCAUGAGAGAGUGGACGGCAAUCAAGGCCAUGAAGUCCUAGACCCGGAUCCUCUCUUUCUGUCUAAAAAGAGAAAGAUAAGUACAGAAGAAUCUCGCCCUGGUGAUGGAAAGGGAAUUGGUAAUCAUGAAUCUGAACCUAUGACUAUACCUGGCACUCCUAUCCUCCGGACCCUGGAAUUCGUGAUAAAAGAGAAGGAGAAAGAUAUACCGCACACUAGUGUGAAGCACUCGCAUGGCAUAAAUGUACCCAAAAGGAAUAUGUCGUCUUGUUCUGGAGCAGAAACUACAGGAAUUGGAUCACUUGAAAUGGGUGAGCUUGCUGAGGAACCUGUGGAUGCUACAAUGGACGCAUCCUCUUCUAAGGGCCUGAUUACUGAUUCUACCUUGUUAAACAUUUUAACUUCCAUAGAUGUCUUUCCUUCGCCCCCAGGGUUUACAAGUUCUUCAGCUCAAGAGAGAGUGGAAGGAUUUGAAUUUGUGGAUAACUUCAAGAUCCCGGAAGAACAUGUAGUUUUGUAUAAGAAGAUCUAUGAAAAGCACGGGCAUAUGGCGACUAAAAAAGUCAUUAAGUUCAAUGAUGCUGUGUUACUCACAUGUGUUACCAGUUUAUUGAAGAUUAUCCCGGCAAUGGAAAAUGUGCGAGGUUCAGAAUUGAGUGAAGCCUUGCUGGAGAGAUGGGAAGGAUUCAUCAAAGAUGCGGAGGCCUUGGAAUUUAAUAUUAAGUGGCUUCGUGAAGGAUUAAAUCGACUUAUUAACUAUUGGAAGUCUUCAUUCUGGAUAGAUAAAGAAGUUGAAAGCCAUGAACUAGUAUUGGAUGCAAUGCAGAUCAAAUAUGUUAGCCUCUCGACAAGAGAAGACGAAAUUAAUGCUGAACUUUCAGAGGUAAAAAUUCAGAAAAGAGAAGCUGAAGCUAAGAUUUCAUCCCAGCGAAAAGCUAUUCAGGAAAAGCUGGCUCAGAGAAUCAAAUUACGGAAUGAAUCUAUUCUAGGGACCGUGCUUAGUUGAAUUUGUGUACUCGCUCAAUAGUUACGAUGCGGUGAAAGAAGCAGUUUUGUUGUAUUUACUCAACGGUUAUGUACAGUCUGUGUCUGUCUUGUAAAUGGGUGUAUGUCAGUAGCAAGCAAGUCUAUAGAUUUAUGGCGGAUGAACUUGUUAAGUCUGUAAGAUAGGUCACCCAAUGGUUUGGUUUGUUUCGAAACUCGUUUGUAAGUCUUUAAGUACAAGAACUUUUUUUUAAUUUGCA